AUGCGGUCUUUAAUUUUUUAUUUGUUAUUUGCUGUCUCUUCGGCUUUGCAGACCCUCCCCCCAAUUCAAUGGGCAAGCACUGGAGGAGGAUCUUUUGACAUCACUACUAUCGAGCGGAACAUCUACAUUAGCAAAGAUUUUGCUUCCCAUCGUGAUGAAGACGGAUUGACCCUGAUUCCCCCGUCAGCUCUUGAGUUUGCGCAUACAUUUCGCGACGACCUCGAGGAAGUGACUGGCUCUUCCUGGGAAAUCCAUUCGGUGGAUACGCUGUCUGCAGAUUGUCCGGGGAUCUUCCUCGACGGCGUGGCAGAAGGCCGACAAAAUGAAUUCAUCUACGAAAAUGGCAAACCCACGGAAGAAGGCUACGACCUAGACAUCCAAAACAAACGAGUUAUAAUCCGCGGAUCCGGUUCCCGAGGAAUGUGGUGGGGAACGCGAACAUUCCUGCAAGAAUUACUGCUCGCAAACGCAAAUAAGCGCCCCAUUGCAUCGGGUCGACUAAUUGAUGCGCCUUCAUUCUCGACAAGAGGCUUUAUGCUGGACGCAGGGCGAAAAUGGUAUUCUCUGUCUUACCUGAAGGAGCUGUGCACGUAUGCCUCGUUCUUCAAGAUGUCAGAGUUCCAUUACCAUACGAGCGACAAUGCACCGCUAAGUCGCGGUCAUAAUGAGACGUGGAGCGAGGUCUACGCCCAGUUUGCUUUGCGUCCUGAGAGUCCAGAACUGCAGGGAAUCGUACAGCGACGGAAUGAGACGCUGACUCAGGAGGAUUUCGAGGAUUUGCAAAGUCAUUGUGCGCAACGCGGUGUGACUGUUAUCCCAGAGAUCGAAGCACCGGGUCAUUGUCUUUUUGUUACGAAGUGGAAACCGGAAUUGGCGCUCGAGCAGAAGGAUUUGCUGAAUCUCUCUCAUCCUGAUACGAUUCCGUUGGUCAAAUCUAUCUGGGCGGAAUUUCUUCCCUGGUUCCAGUCAAAGGAAGUACAUAUUGGUGCAGACGAGUAUGAUUCCACUCUCGCGGAUGUUUACAUCGACUUUGUCAAUGAAAUGGCGCAGUUUAUCGACGAAGAAUCUGGAAAGAAGAUCCGAAUCUGGGGAACCUACGAACCGUCCAAGACGCGAACGAUCUCCAAGAACGUCACAAUUCAGCACUGGCAGUACGGACAGUCGGAUCCCAUUGAAUUAGCAAACGAGGGUUACGAGACCAUAAACUCGGAGGACUGGUGGGCAUACAUGUCUUUGAAAAACGAUCACAUGCCAAUCUUCCCAGCACCGUAUCCGCAAUUCUUCAACAACACGCGAGUGCUGAAUUUCGGCGGCGUAGAUGGCUGGCAGUGGAACCCGUCUCUCUUCAAUCCAUUCAACGUCACCGAGCAGCCGAACCAGAAGCCCGUCAAAGGAGCUAUAUUAGCAGCAUGGAACGACAAUGGACCUGACGCGACCACUCAGUUGGAAUCAUACUAUGCCAUCCGCAACGGCAUUCCUACCGUUGCAUCGCGCUCAUGGUCUGGAAACCGCGGUCCUCGUCUCGACGAAUCCAGCCUCUCGACCUCAAUGACCAUCUUGACAUUGAAAGCUGUUGCACAGAACCUCGAUCGUCAAUUUCUACCAGCCCAAAACGGUACCAGCUCUCUACUAACCUGGUCCGCUCCAUCCGCUUCCAACCGAAUCAAUAAAACCCACAUUGGCCACGGCAGCAAAGGUAUGAACUAUACUCUCGACCUCUCCGUAACCGGUCCAUUCACACUGUCCUCCACCGACACGACACUAAAAUUGUCCCCCAACGGAAGCCUAACUUUCACCUCCGACGGUUGGCCCUACCCACUACGUUCUAUUGACGAAACCGACGGCUUCGACAAGGGCUAUCCGGGUCGAAUCUGGACGAACGAAACAUCCUCAACGCAUGAGGAGGUCAAGGUCCCGUUGAAGACAAAACUCACCAUUCGCACAGAUGUUAUUGGAGGAAGUCGGGUGUGGGUUGAUGGUGAGUUCAAGGGACGAUUUGAAGUUUUUGUAUUUGGAGGCAAGAAUACGUUGUUUUCAUGGAGUCAGAUGGCUUUUGUGGCUCCGUUGGAGUGGAUAGAAGGGGGUGUUAGGAGGCUGGAGCUUAGAGGGUUUGAUGGACAGCAUUGA